GACUAGGCCUCACAUGCAGCGCUUAAGAAAUCUCCAUCUCCAUCUCCUCCAUGACACUUUCCCACAUUUUCCCACCACCCAAACAAAACCUUUCAGCACCCUCUCUUCCCUCUUUAACCUCUGCACCAAACCCCAACACCUUCAACAAAUCCAUGCCAGGUUCACCCUUCUUGGCCUACACCAAAACCCAACACUCUCUUCCAAACUCAUUGACUGCUAUGCCAACCUUGGCCUCCUCCAUCUCUCCCAACAAGUCUUCAUUUCCAUUACAAAUCCAAGUUCUGCUCUUUACAACACCAUUUUGAGAAAUCUGUCAAAGUUUGGUGAUUUUGAGAGAACCCUUUUGGUGUACCAUGAAAUGGUCGUGAAGUCCAUGUACCCAGAUGAAGAUACUUACCCUUUUGUUCUGAGGUCGUGUUCUUGUUUCCCAGAUGUUGAAUAUGGGAAAAGGGUUCAUGGGCAUGUUUUGAAACUUGGUUUUGAUUCAUUUGAUGUGGUGGAUACUGCUUUGGUUGAGAUGUAUAGGAACUGUGGUGGUUUUGAGAAUGAGCAAGAACUGGUUGUAAGAAUGUCCGAAUGGGAUUUGGAUUAUUGGAAUUCUCUGAUUCUUGAGGCUUCUCAAAAUGGAAAUUCUGAGGAAAGUCUUAGGCUUUUUGAGAGAAUGAAAGUGGAGAGAGUUGAGCCGGAUUCAGUUACUAUGAUUAACUUGUUAAGGUCAAGCGUUGAUUUGAACUCAUUGAAGGCAGGAAAGGCUAUUCAUUGUUUGGUAGUAGUGAGCAGCUUGUGUAAGGAUUUGUUAGUGAGUACUGCAUUAUUGUCUAUGUAUGCGAAGCUGGGUUGUUUGAAAGAUGCAAAAUUGCUAUUCGAAAAAAUGCCUGAGAAGGACUGUGUUGUUUGGAAUAUAAUGAUAUCAGCCUAUUCUCGAAAUAGGCAUUUCCAUAAGUCCCUUGAAUUAUUAAGGUUUAUGGUAAAUUCAGGGGUUAGAGCUGAUCUGUUCACAGCAUUGCCUGCAAUUUCUUCAAUUGCACAGUUAAAGUCUAUUGAGUGGGGCAAACAAUUGCAUGCUCAUGUGAUACGAAAUGGUUCGGACUAUCAAGUAUCAGUUCAUAAUUCUCUUAUUGACAUGUAUUGUGAAUGUUAUCAUUUAAAUUCUGCUAGGAAGAUUUUUGACUUAUUGGAGAAUAAGACUGUGGUUUCAUGGAGCACAAUGAUUAAAGGAUACGUGACCCAUGAUCAGUCUGUUGACGCUUUGUCUCUCUUUGCCCAGAUGAAAGCAGAAGGAGUCAGAGUCGAUUUUAUUACUCUUAUUAAUGUUUUGCCUGCUUGUGUUAACAUUGGGGCAUUAGAAAAUGUAAAAUACCUUCAUGGGUACUCAGUGAAAUUUGGCCUUAACACACUUUCAUCUGUUAAUACAGCACUUCUUAUCAGCUAUGCAAAAUGUGGAUGCAUAGAAAUGGCCCGAAAGAUUUUUGAUGAGGAGAAAAUCAAUGGCAAAGAUCUAAUCAUGUGGAACUGUAUAAUCAGUGCAUAUGCUAAGCAUGGAGACUGGUCUAAAUGUUUUGAUCUGUACAACCAAAUGGAGCAAUCAAAUUUGAUACCAGAUCAAGUAACCUUUCUUGGGCUAUUGACAGCUUGUGUAAAUUCAGGCCUUGUUGAAGAAGGUAAGGAGUGUUUCAAGGAUAUGAUGGAAACUUUUGGUUUGCAACCAAGCCAAGAACACUAUGCUUGCAUGGUGGAUUUAUUCGGGCGUGCUGGGCAUAUAAAUGAAGCCAGAGAACUUGUAAAAACUAUGCCCUUCAAACCAGAUGCUCGGGUAUGGGGCCCAUUGUUAAGUGCUUGUAAGAUGCACUCAGAAACCGGGCUUGCAGAGUUUGCCGCUGAGAAGCUUAUAACUAUGGAACCAAAAAAUGCUGGAAAUUACAUAUUGCUCUCCAAUAUUUAUGCUGCAGCUGGAAAGUGGGAUGGGGUCGCUAAAAUGAGGAGCUUUCUUAGAGAUAAAGGAUUGAAGAAAACCCCUGGCUCUAGCUGGCUAGAAGUAAAUGGACAUGUACAUGAGUUUCGUGUUGCUGAUGAAUCUCAUCCUAGGUCGGAUGAUAUAUAUACCAUUUUAAGAAACAUAGAGUUGGAAAUCAAGGAGGCUAAAUACAAGAAGGCAGAAAAGCUUUCUUAAACCUCCGUUUUCUUCUUUGGUGAAAUGCGGGGUGCACAUGACAGCCAUUAAUAGCCUUUUAUUGAGAUGAAUCAUGACUGCAUAUGGGUUGAUAUCAAAGAGCUAAUAUCAUAGGUAGGAUUGAAGGACAGAGGUUAUUUUUAGCUACCAUUUCAUGGAGCUUUUUGAUCCUCAACCGCCUAAGAUUAGCAAAUUCAUUGUCAGGGCCUUCUCUUCAUGGUUCUCCUUGGAUGUUUCUUUACUCCUUAAAGCCAAUCCAAACAAUUAGGACAAAGGCUAUCGGCUAUCUUUUGUUGUUCUGGUUCUAUUGUCCAUUUGACCAUCUCUUGCUGCCCAUUAUACAUGUCCGCCUUGCAGUACCAUGUAUCAUGUUGAGGGCUACCCCUUGCGGGAUCAAAGACAAUAUUGAAUCAAUGCAGGAAGAAGCAAAUUGAGGUAGAGCUAUUGUGCCUAGAGCAUUCUCACACUAGCCGAAAAGGCAUGGCUUUUUACAGUGGCUCAAAGUGUACUUUGACAAACAAACUGAUGUAGAAUUAGACGAGGGACCUCCUCAUUAAUUUUUCUUUUUCCUGAUCUUUCUUUCAUACACAGCAAAGCAUUCUAUCUCCCUUACUGGAUCCAUCCUCUCUUAAAUUGUAUAAUGAGCAGUAGACCUAGUUUUUUCAAGGCAACUCCCAGUUGAGGCAGUGGCUCAAUACAGUUAAAAUUGCCACUGAAUUUUCUAUUUUACAUUCCCAAAAAUGGAAUAGUUAAUUGUUUCCAGUCACUUGUUUACCCAUGAAGAAAUGCCCGUCCUUCUCCAUUCAACAUCACAUUGAAGGAGUGGCUUUCAUUUCAGAAUUUCAUGUAUUUGAACCACAAAUCUGA